AUAAUUGGAUGACAUGACUUUAAUCAGGAAAGUCUUAUUGCAGGAUGCGGUAGCCGUGGGAAGUUGUGGAAAUUGUUGUUCCUACGUCGAAAAUUGCAUAUUUCGUACUGUUAUUGACCUAUGAAGUAGAAUUUUUGUAAGUUAAGGGAUACCUUGUCAAACCAGUAAUAGAAGUACAACUGGAAUCUAAACGGGCUUGUAAAAUGCGGAGAAAUGUGAUAUCGUCAUUCGGGAUUUUUAUUCUCUUUGUGGGAACAUUCCUUCCUCAAACUGAAUCGAUUCCUUCAAUUUGGAGUAAUGUGGUGGUACCACGAGCAAGGCGUCAGACCCUCUCAUUGACCACAGAUGCGGCAACAGAGAAUGCUACCCCGAGCAUUGAAGAUGGGACUCAACCUGAAAAAUCUGCCACCGACGAGAAAGUAAAUUGUGAUAUGCUUGUUGAGCAAAUCAGGCCCAUUUGCAAGGAAGAAUCGUGUCCAAUCGAUGACGAAACGGUUGACAAAUGUUGUGAAUGCCUGCAGACUUGUUGUUCCUCUGAACAAAAUUCUUCCAGCAGUUCUUCAAUGAAUAUGGAAAUUGAUACAAAUUCAACCCGAAAUGCAAUCACUACGACACCAUCAGCCACAGAUGUGAAAAAACAAAUCAAGGAUGCUGCAGGCAAGGUGCAAGGAUUUUUUAAAGACGUGGGACAGAAUAUAAAGCAAGGCGUGAGUUCGGGUUGGGACAAGGUCAAAACUACUGCAAACACUGUUAAAGAGUCAGUUCGAAAAGGAAUCAACUCGGGGGCCAACUGGGUAAAAAAUCAUACGGAUGGGAGUAACAAGGAUAUGUGCAAAGACAACAACACCUGCACAACAUUCGGAGACUCUGAUAACAUGUCAAGCACAGUAGAUGAGGAGGACGGUACAAAAAUUACUACUGACAAUCCAUCAAUGCCAAAAAGACGUCGCGAUGUGCAGCAAGAAUCUUCUGAUCUGAUUGCUGCUUCUGCUCCUAGGCUGUCAAAAAACAAUUUUAUUAAUGAACGAAAAACAUUGAAGAAAAAACGAGAUGUUCCACCUGGGAUGAUGGCAAUGAGAAAUAAGAAACAUGGGGAAAUUGAGACAAUGGCCUCUACAACAAUGCCAGAAAUGACGAGUGAAAGUCAUAAACGGUCAAUGAGAUCUGCUGGCGACGCAGAAAGUAAGGUUGAAAGGCACAAACGAGCCGGUCCUCCCUCCAACUCUCAAAAUAUGCGAACCACAACGUCUCCUCCCCCUCAAAACGAGAGUCGGGAGCGAAGACGGAGAGAUAAGAAGCACGGUCAGGACAGCAAUGAGCUGAGUCCCAGCAAUAGUGCUGCCUCCGAAAAUGAAGACUCGACAAUAAAACCAAAUUCUGGAAAAGUUGGGAUCCGAAACCAAUCUACAAACUCUGAUGAUGUGGAUAUUCCAAUUCGUGCUCCUGGGUCAGUGAAUAUAGAUUUUUCACUCAACAUAAGCAACAAAUCGAUUCAAUCGCCACAUUCGAACUUGUCAUCUCCAGACGAAUCACAACCCCAAGUAUCAUUACCAACGUUAAAUCCUGAUCAGUCCAAGCCAGGUCGGUGUCGACCUUUGUCACAGGGCUUGCAAUGUGUCCCACUCGGUAAGGACGAUGCAGCCCAGUGCAAGCAAGAUUCGGUGUGUGAAGGUACUAAAAAGUGUUGCUUCUACUCUUGUAAACCAAACACAGACAUUGGAAUUUGUGAACAUCCCAUCUUCUCUUAAUACGUGACAUGAAUGAAGUUGUAUGGAUGGAUGUACGAGAACACACAAGUCAAUAUUCUGCAAUGAUUAUAGUAAUUUAUGAAUCGAGUUAUACGUAGCAUAAUAAGAACUUUGUUUAAAUAAACUAAAUAUUUAUAUUAAAA